GGUCCUCAUAAACAGUCACAGUACAACGAAUCACUGUGUGAGUGAUGCUUUGCAGAGUGGCCAGCCAACAUCUUUCCCUAGUCAUGCAUCACAAUUACCAAGCCAUUGUCAACACUUUCGGUGGUUUAGGAACGUUUUGUUUUUCCUUCACCGAUGACGAUGAUCACACGGUCUUGGCUUUGAAAAAGCGUUUAGAAGCCAGUACCAGCAUUACUACAGAAGAGCAACGCAUUACUAGCUUGGGAGGCCGCCCAUUGAUUGAUAGCGAUGAUAUCUUUUGCGAUUCCAGCGAACCUCGUUUUCUCAAUCUUUCUUUGAGAUUACGAGGAGGCAAAGGCGGUUUUGGAUCCAUGCUUCGUGCUCAAGGUGGUCGAAUGAAUGCUCAAAAAACUACCAAUUUCGAGGCCUGCAGAGACUUGCAAGGCCGACGCAUUCGCACAGUCAAUGACGCAAAAAGACUACAAGCAGAAUUGGAUGCAAUUCCUGAACGCGAGAAAGAGAAACGUGAAAAACUCCAGAAAAAAAUCGAAAAAGCACUCAAAGAAUAUGAACCCAGGAAACACCUAUUUGACGACAAUCAGUUCUUGGAAGACCGUGAACAGAUGGUGGAGAACGUUAAAAACGCAGUGGGUGGAUUAUUGAAGAAACAAAAAGUUGACCACAAGCCUGUCAAAGCUGCAGCCAUUAUCUUUGACGAUGAAAUGGAUAGCGAAGACGAGGACGAUGAAGAGGAAGACGACGACGACGAAUUGAAAUAUGACAACGAGCAAACAGAAGUAACGGAAUCAGAAUCUUCUGCUAAGAGAACAAAAACUGAACCGAGUAAUAUCACCACAAGUGACGGGCAAUUUAGCACAGGUGGCAGUUCGAAAGAUAAAGGAAAAGGCAAAGCAUUUGCUUCAAGUAGCAACAGCAACGGAGACGACAACGAUGACGAUAACGGAGAUGAUAAAGACUCCAAGAAGGUUUUAAGCGAUUUCCUUUCUACCAACUACGACGAGGAAUAUGAUAGCGAAGAAGAUGACGAUUUUGAAAUUAAUGAGGAUGACGACGAUGACGAAGAAGAGGAGGAGGAAGGAGAGGAAGCGCUAAGUGACGAAGAUAUUUUAGCUGAACAGGUACAAGCAGACGACAAGCAGGACACACAAAAUGUUUCCGCUUCAUCCUCCAAGGCCAAGGGCGAAGCCAUGCAGUCCAGGAAGCGCAAAGAUAGAGAAGAAUAAUGUUCCAACACCCUCACACUGAUAGCGUAACGUUACAUAUCAUAUGUUGCCCUAUUUCCAUGCUCAUCAAUAAAUAUCCAUUCGCAAAUCGAGCAAUUGCCGUCUCGUAGACCGUGCGUUGAUUUGUUG